CGGAGGUGUGCUGUGGAGGACCCGGCGGCCGAGCGUGAUCACCGGCAGGCAGUCUGGCUGGCUGGGUUACGGGGCAGGUAGUUGGACCAGGAACUGGCACCGUCCAGAAGAGAUUACAACUGACUGGCUUUUAACAGGAUGAAGACAAUUGUAAAGAUGGCAUGCCUAAGGAAUUUUAAAAGGUGCAGACCACCUGACUGAAGAUGGUGGUUCUGUGUUUUAUCCCAUUUGAAUAGUAAAUUGCCACUGUUCCAUAAGCAAGUCAUGAUUACAUUAACUGAACUAAGAUGUUUAGCCGAUGCCCAGUCAUCAUAUCACAUCUUGAAACCAUGGUGGGAUGUCUUCUGCUAUUACCUCACCAUGAUAAUGCUGCUUGUCGCUGUUCUUGCUGGGGCUCUCCAGCUCACUCAAACUAGAUUGUUAUGUUGUCUUCCUUGCAAGCUUGAAUUUGAUAAUCGUUGCGCAGUGCCUUGGGAUCUGGUUAAAAACAACAUUAAUGUAUCCUUCAGCUCUGCAACACCAACAAUUCGCCCUCUUAGAAUCCAGAAUAAUCUUCAUCGACAGCAGUAUUCUUACAUUGAUGCUGUAUGUUAUGAGAGAGAGCUUCACUGGUUUGCCAAGUUUUUUCCAUACUUGGUGCUUCUCCAUACUUUCAUUUUUGCAGCUUGCAGUAAUUUUUGGCUCUACUACCCCAGCACAAGUUCGAGGCUGGAGCAUUUUGUAGCUAUACUUCACAAAUGUUUUGAUUCUCCCUGGACAACACGUGCUCUGUCAGAGACGGUUGCUGAACAGUCUGUGAGGACUCUGCCACUCUUCAAAUCAAAAACAUUUCUUUCCUCUCCAAGCAACUUAACAGAAAUGGAGAGCAAACAGCAAUCUGUGUCCUACUCACAGACUGGACUAGAAACGGCAGGAAGAGAGAGCUCUUCAAAUGUUCUUGACAGAAAAGAAGGGGAACAAGCAAAAUCAAUAUUUGAAAAAGUAAAAAGAUUCAGGGUGCAUGUUGAACAGAAGGACGUCAUUUAUAGAGUGUACCUAAAACAGAUAGUGUUCAAGGUCAUUGUAUUUAUAUUAAUAAUGAUUUAUUUUCCCUAUUAUUUAACCUUUAUUACACUAGAAAUUGAUUGUAUAGCUGAUAUUCAAGUCUUUACUGGCUACAAGAGAUACCAGUGUGUCUAUUCAUUGGCAGAAAUUUUUAAAGUGCUAGCUUCAUUUUAUGUUGUCCUGGUGAGCUUGUAUGGCCUGACAUGCACUUACAGUUUGCUAUGGAUGCUGAGAAGUUCACUCAAACAAUAUUCUUUUGAGAAGCUGAGGGAGCAAAGUAAUUACAGUGAUAUCCCUGAUGUAAAAAAUGACUUUGCCUUUAUUCUUCACCUAGCAGACCAGUAUGAUCCUCUGUAUUCAAAGCGGUUCUCAAUAUUCCUUUCUGAAGUGAGUGAAAAUAAGUUGAAGCAGAUCAGUCUAAAUAACGAAUGGUCUUUAGAGAGAUUGAAAAGCAAGCUGGUACGAAAUGCCCAAGACAAGAUGGAACUUCAUCUUUUUAUGCUCAGUGGUCUUCCAGAUGAUGUCUUUGAACUCACAGAGAUAGAAGUUCUAACUCUAGAACUUAUUCCUGAGGUUAAGCUUCCUUCGUCUGUAAACCAACUACCCAGUCUCAAGGAGCUGAACAUUUAUUAUUCAUCAUUAACUGUAGAAUUCCCAGCACUGCACUUCCUGGAAGAGAAUCUAAAAAUCCUGCGUCUUAAAUCAGCUGACCUGGGAAAGAUUCCACGUUGGGUCUUCUGUCUAAGGAAUUUGCAGGAAUUGUAUCUGAAUGGAUGCUAUGUGCAAGAACCCAUAAAUGGCCUAUACAAUGAGGGCUUUCAGGAUCUUGUGAAUCUGAAAACAAUUCACUUAAAGAAUAGCCUUUCCCGCAUACCUCAGGUGGUUACAGACCAGUUGCCUUCACUACAAAAGUUAUCUAUUGACAAUGAGGGGAAAAAACUGCUAGUGUUGACCAACUUGAAGAAACUGCUAAACCUGAGAAAUUUGGAAUUGAUCAGCUGUGACUUGGAGCGAAUUCCACAUUCUAUCUUCAGCCUGAACUAUUUGCGUGAAAUAGACUUGAAAGAAAAUAAUCUUCGGACAGUAGAAGAAAUCAUUAGUUUUCAACACCUUGAGAACCUCUCUUGCCUGAAAUUGUGGCACAACAACAUCUCAUACAUCCCCGUGCAGAUUGGAACCUUAGCAAACCUGGAGCAGCUCUACUUAAAUCACAACAACAUUAAAAAAGUCCCACCACAGCUCUUUCUUUGCAGACAGCUACAUUAUUUGGACCUUAGUUAUAACAAGCUAACCGCUGUUCCUGAUGAGAUCCAGUAUUUAACAAAUCUGCAGUACCUUGCGUUGACAAAGAACCAUAUUGAGACUCUUCCAGAUGAAUUAUUUCAGUGCAAAAAGCUGCAGCAUCUCCUUCUGGGAUAUAACAGCCUGAUGUGUUUGUCCCCUCAAGUUGGUGAACUCUCAAAUCUUGUUCAGCUGGAGCUAAAAGGAAACUACCUUGAGUCACUUCCUGCUGAGCUAGAGGAAUGUAGCUCUCUGAAACGGAGUUGUCUAAUUGUAGAAGAACAUUUGUUAAAAACGCUCCCCCUUCGAGUGACAGAGCACAUACAACUGUGCUUAGACAAAGUCUGAGUUUGAGAGAGGCCUUAUGGGUACAGGCAAAAUCCUCUUGUGUGGUUUAAGUCAUAACUCUAAGGAAAAGUAUAGGUGGGAAGAGGGAAAUGGAGGUCUGCAGCCCUAUACAUUUUGCUUCAGGCUUACAGAUAGAUGUGUGGACUCAAUUCUCUCUUGAUAAGAAAUCCACAUUUUAAUUCUUAAAUAAAAAUACUGACUUCGCAAGUUUAUGCAUGCAUCUGAAAAAGUUAAGUGGAUAGUGGUAAUCUUUUAAUUGGCUGGGACAGAAGCUAUUUUAGUAUAGUGAGGGUUAUUUCUGCCAUAGCAAUUUCCUUGAAUAGUAGUUUUAAAAUAUUUUCCUUUAAAGACCAACAAAUAUAGCUUAUCAUAUGGGCACAUUGCUGGUUUGGGUAGGAAGCUGUUAGUGAAGUGAAGGCUAUCCUAUAUAAAACACCACUCUUUAUUGCACUGGAAAAUUAUUUUAGAGUUAAAUAUUCACUUCUGUUUAUAAAUAGCAUGGAAGAAUGCAGAGUUUUUUCUACACAAGCAUAAUUCAAAUUUUACUGAGAUGCUCCUGAACGGUAUCAGAAUACCCCACUAAACUUCAUGCCAUCUGGACUCCAUUUGUUUUACUUUGCUUUAAAAUAAUGAUAAUGGAAUUAACUGUAUGGACAAAGUGGAAUACAACUGGAUUGAUUUAAAGUUGAAAUCAAGUCUUGGAAGAACUAUGCAAAUUGUUAAAUUUAACAUAAUAGAUGUCAUCUAUUUUAUGUUCUGGUUAUUAUGCAUGGAUGUGCUUGCCUACAUAAAUAUAACUUUCUAAUGUUUGUCUGUAAUCUUGAGGCAGCAGUGGGACUUUAAUAUGUGAGGUAGAGGGACUAGUGUAGAGGGUCCUUCUUUUGUUUCCUAGUUUUCCUGCCAUUCCCAGUUGGCAUACUGAUGUACUACUGAGGAAAGUUUCCAAAGGUGUACAUCAAGUUCUAGGCACUUACAGACUGACAUGUGGUAGUAUCCAACAGGGGCCUUGUGCAUAUGUACCAGCCCCUAUCAUGCAAGUCUGCAAUGUUGUCCUUUUCGAGGUUGUGCCUCUUCCAGAAAUGAACGUUUUGCUCGUUGCAGGAAACACAACAUCACAGGGCAUGCCUAGACAGGGCAAUAUCCCAGGGAUCGCCCCUGUGCAUCCACAUGAUGCACAGGGCAUCCCGAGAGCAGGGAGAGACAAUCCCUACCUUUCCCUGGGAAAUCGCCCUACUCUUCAAUUUCGAUUUUUCCCGCGGUCUUGGGAUCAUCCCGAGACUGUGGGACAUGUGGCUCACCGUCACGGUUUUGUCCCGGCUCCUCACAAGUAAA